GUUUUCUUUGCCAUAAAGCUCUUCUUGAUUUAGGAAUUCUUAAGAGCACUAGAUUUUUUUUUCAUGAGUUGCAUAUGGACCUAAUUUUCAAUAUGCGAUACAACUCCAAUGAAAAAAAUUAUCUAUGAGUUCAUAAGUUCGGCUCAUUUUGAGAUCAAUGAGAAUGAUCUUAGGGAUGAUACACUCACGUUUUGUUUGCUAAACCGAGAAUAUUCAAUAACAAAACUUGAGUUUGCCGAACAUUUUGGCAUCCCCGUCCCCUACGAGAGAGAGAUUUCAGACAACACCGUAAUCGGUCAUGCACUUUGGACCAAAAUGACCGGAGAAGUGAACUUUAGCUCCUCCCAACUAUACAUAAUCCAUGUCCAUCAUCCCAUUCUCCGGAUAUUUUUAAAGUUUUUGGCAAAUUGUAUACUUGGGCGCCCCAACAAUCAUCAUACUAGGAUGGGGGACGUGUGUUUGAUGACCACGAUUUUGUUCCGUCGCGCUGUGGAUUUUAAUCUUUGCAAUUUGAUGUGGGCACACCUAAAAAAAGAAAGCACGGCUAAAGGCCCAAUUGUAUUGGGUGUGGUGAUUAUGCACUUGGCAACAAAGUUUGGGUAUACAGAUAACUCUCCUAUACCCGACUAUUGUUUAAUGAAUAUCACUUGGUUAGGCAACUCGGGGUGUACUACUUUUUCUCACACAGUAUAUGGUGAAGAACAUCCCCGACAUGUAUACAAUUGGCUCAUACACCCAAAACCGGUAAGACAUUUCCCCUUGCCUAACCCGGACCUCCCCAAACUCCAUUACAACAGAGAUGUGCCCCAUUACUUGUUCCCACACCUCCUCCCACCACACCUACAAGAACCUCAAGCCCAAAACCCCCCUGAAAACCAACCCGUCUAAGAACCUCAAGCCGAGCACCAUGAGCCCGAAGCCAUGCAUGGACACAUCCCCAAACAGCCCCAAGGUCCUCCACCUCCCGAUUACUUCCAACAACUACUUGAUGGGUUCAACAAAGUGACCGACGAAGUUGAAAGGUAUCGAGAGGAACAAAGGGCAGGAUUUCAACGACUUGAGGAGCAACGGGCCGAAGACAACCGGAGGUACGAAGAAGAUCAACGUAGGUUCUAUGGGCCUAUGUACUCCUACAUGGCUCAUCAAGCCUCGUUCCAUACUAUGGCUCACCCACCCCCACCCCCUCUUGGUAUGAUCCCACUCAUUGGGGUAACUUUGGAGGAUCUAGCUCUGGGGGUGGAGGUUAUGAUGGCGGGGAUACACACAUGGGCGACGGAAGUUUUGGAGGCGGAUUUGGAGGCGGCUACUAUGGCGGCGAAGGUGGGCACCAGGGACAGUGCUUGGACUAAGAAGGGGGGAGACUCCUCAUGGACCUCAUUUGAUCUCUUAGGAGGAAGAGGAGAAGAAGAAAAAGAAGAAGAGAAGAAGAAAGAGGCAAGAAGAUGGAGCAUAGAAGAUCACAAAACCCAAGAAAGAAUUUGAAUUUGCAAGGUGCGACAUAAGUCAUACUACAUAUUGGAAUGAAUUGGGGAGAAAAUAUUAUCGAGGAGUCAAACAUAAUUCAUUAUGAAGGGGGAAGACAGAGGAUAAUUGGUGUUUCAUGUGGGGUGGAUAUGGCUGAGUUAAUGAAUAAAAUUUAUACCGCUACAUAAUCCAUCAAUCGUAUGAACAAGUUGGAUUUGAAAGUUAAAACCCAUUCAUGGUGGAUCAUACAUGUUGAUGCCUCUUGCUGACGAUGAAGCCGCUAUGGGAAUGUGGACUUUAAUCAUGUAUCUUGCUAUGCAUACCAUGGAUUAUAUGUGUGUGUUGAAGAAACGAUUGUGUUGCCCAUACAACCUGACAACCCGUCAUUAUCUUGCACAUACACAAGUGUUCAAGUUGUGAUGAAUAUGGUUAUACAGGAGAAUGGAAGAUACGUGAACAAUGAUGCAACGUUUCUGGAUUCAUAGUGCAUUAACGACGAUGCAGAUGAAAAUGUAAACCAUGACACACUAGUCGCUUACGGGUUGAUGGUGAUCUCGUAUGUGGCAAUGCUCCAUCUCACCAUUACACUGAAGUUUAUGAGCUCCCUGCGGGAUUUGAUGAAUCAUGGAGGGGUUGUACAACUUCUAGUCGCUUCUCUGCAGAUGGUGAAUUCGAGGUUGGGCAAGAGUUUGAUGAUAAGAAACAACUGAUUAACAUGGUGAGGCGAGGAUCACAUUGGGAGAUGUGGUUGUACAGGUAGGUCUACCGAUCCGGCCAGGGUCGAGCAAUUAAUGGGACUGCAUGCAGACUAUGGGUUGAUGUGGUACAUAGAUUGUUGGGAGUACGGCCACAACCCGAGGCAGAUAUUCGAGGGUCCGCCUUGGUUGAGAGAGCAUUUUACAGAUUUACCUGUCGAUGACGCUGUUGUCCAACAAUAUGCGAGAGUCUACAUAUUGAUGCUUCUGGGAGCCUCUACAUUUGCGGACAGGAGCGGUAAUGAGGUGCAGGUUCUUUACUUACCCUUUAUGGAGACUUUUGAUGUAGCAACACUUUAUAGUUGGGGAAGUGAGACUUUAGCAUACCUAUAUCAGCAGUUGUGUCUAGGUUGCCAUUGUCACGAUGGCAAGAUGGGUGAUUUUUUAUUGCUCAUACAAUUAUGGUCAUGGGAGCACAUUCGUAUUGGUAGACCUGUCAUACUGCGAUAUCAUGGGAUAGAUGCCGGUCCUCUUCAUGAUGCUUUGGAUCUGCACGAUGGAUUUGUACUUGGACCAUAUCAUGUCCGUGGCGAGGACCCUUUGGGUAGUAGGUGGCUUUUUGCUGACGUUACUCGCAUGUCAUCCGCUGGUGGAUUAAG